AUGGCUGAAGGAGGCAGUCCUUACAUUCCCAACGGAUGCAAUAAAAGUUACAGACAUGAUGCUCUCAAGAGGCAUGAAUUCAUCGACUCAGGUAAUAUGGCUUAUGAGUGCAAACUAUGUUUAAAAAGAUUUACUCCGAAAUCAAAUCAUGUCAGACACGAGCAGACUCACACUGGUAAUAACGGUAAUAGAACCUACGUUUGCAAAACGUGUUCGCAAAGCUCUACCCAAAAAUACAGUUUGAUGGUAAAUGAGUGGAGUCACACUGGUGAUAAACCUUACAGUUGUAGUCAGUGUUCAAAAAGUUUCGCUAAAAAACGAAAUUUAACAUUGCACGAGCGGACUCAUACUGAUGAUAAGCCGUACGAGUGCAAACUAUGUUUAAAAAGCUUUACUAAAAAAUCAGAUCUUGGCAGACACGAGCAGAGUCAUGCAGAUUAUAAGCCAUUCGCCUGUAAACUAUGUCCACUAAGAUUUGUUCAAAAGACCCAUCUUAUUGCGCACGAGCGGAUUCAUACUGGCGAUAAGCCUUACGAGUGCAACCUAUGUUUAAAAAGCUUUACUAAAAAAUCAGAUCUUGGCAGACACGAGCGGAUUCACACUGUACACGAAAGGACGCACACUGGUGAUAAGCCCUACAGCUGCAAACAGUGUUUAAGAAAUUUUACUCAAAAAUCUAGUCUUACUGUGCACGAGCGAAUUCACACUGGCGAUAAACCUUAUGUUUGUAAACUAUGUUCCAACAAUUUUUCUCGAAAAUCAGAUCUUACGAGGCACGAACGGACUCACGUAGAUGAUAAAUCCUCUGAAUUUAAAGAGAAUGAUAUAGCCAUCGUAAAAUUGAUUGAAGAAAUGGAUUUAGACGAUUUCGUAAAUGUAGUAAGUUUGCCUGCAGGCAAUAUGAUUGUUGACGCUAGUGACGUAAGUAAUCAGAUCAGCCAUACGACGGUUGACGGAAAUUUUACACUGGACUCUAGCAAAGUGACAAUCAUGGACAGGGAGUCUUGCAAGAAUAAGCUCAGCAUGUACAUGUCUGCGGGAGUUCUUCGUGAGUCACAAUUUUGCGUCUCUAGCGACAAAUUCAUCAAUAGACCCUACGAUGUAUAUCGCUCCAUUUUAACGCAAGAAAUCAAUGGCACGACUACUUUGAUUGGUAUCAGUACUCGCACCUUCGAUAUUUACAACGCUGUUUCAUUUAAUGCCGAUUGGAUUAUUAACGAAAUAAUAAACGAGGACAAAUCACUGGAGAUCGUUGAUAUGGUAAAAUUCUUUGGAGUGACGAGUCAGGCCCAGGCUGUGGCUGGUAACAUAGCCCAAUUGCCGUGCGACGUCGUUCCACCGAUACCCGGGGACAAGGUGCACCUCGUCAUUUGGUACAAGGAACCCCUGGACAGUCCCAUAUACUCGUUCGACUCGCGGGGAAUAACCGCGCUCGAGCAGGGCAAGCACUGGUCGGACGCGAAGCUGGGCAACCGGGCGUUUUUCAAGCACAACGACAGCCCGGCCAAGCUCAAGCUCGAAAACGUCAGGGAGGCCGACACGGGGCUCUACCGCUGCCGCGUCGACUUUAAGCAGUCACCCACGAGGAACAGCAAGGUCAACCUCACCGUCAUAAUACCACCGGAGAACUUGAGCAUCCUGGACGAGGACGGUGAGUCGCACAUUCGGUACUACGUGCUCGGACCGUUCAGCGAGGGGGCCUCGCUCAACAUCACCUGCGUCGCCUCCGGAGGAAGACCAGCUCCACGCGUUACCUGGUGGCACGAGAACGCUCUUCUCGACGAGAGCUACGAAGCCGUGGGCCCGAAGAAGGUGCGGAACGUACUGCGCCUCGAUAAACUCGAGCGCAAGCAUCUCAAUGCGGUGCUGACCUGCCAGGCGUCCAACAACGUGCUGGUCACUCCCAUAUCCAGCUCCGUGUCCAUCAACAUGAAUCUGAGGCCGUUGUGGGUGAGACUGCAGGGUAGAAACCGGCCCUUCAGCGCAGGAAUGACUUACGAAAUCGGAUGCGAGGUAGUGGGUGCCAAGCCGACGCCCGAGAUCGAGUGGACCAAGGGAGGCGUGACUCUGCACAACGUCAGGCAAACGACGAGCCCGGACGGCAACACGACGACCUCGAUCCUGACCUUCGUGCCGAGCGUCGAGGACGCGGGCAAGACGCUGUACUGCAGGGGCCGGGUGCCCGUAAUCUCCGAUUCCGAAAUGGGGGACGGCUGGAAGCUCGAUAUACACCACAAGCCGGUUAUCACCUUGGAUCUGGGCAGCAACUUGAACGCGAGCGCCAUUCGCGAGGGUCUCGACGUCUACUUCGAGUGCAACAUCAGGUCAAACCCGUGGGUCUACAGGGUCGCCUGGAAGCACAACCCUAUAGUUGAUGGAACAGAUGGAUCUUUUGGAGACGAUUUGUUAAGUCAAGAAAUUUUACCACGUGAGAGACCGGCGCGGCCCCCGGCGCCCGAGAACUGCACGAUAGCCGAGGAGAGCUUGACGGCGGUGCGGGUGAGUUGCGCCGAGAGCGAGUACGUCGACCCGAAGAGCGCAACUUACGUGCUCCAGGUGUACGACGCGGAGACGAGGCACCUGUUGGCCUCGGGCACGAGCACGACCCCGGCCGUGCUCGAGGUGACGGAUUUACCGGCCGAGCGACGUCGAGCCGGGCUCAAGCUCGUGCUGAGGGUCAUGACGUCGCACGCGACGAGCGACGCAACUGUCCUCUACAGCCAACACCUGCUGCAGGAGGGCACCAGUCCCGAGCACCAGAUAUUCCCAGCUCUGUCGCCGGUCAUACUGUCUCUGUCGAGUUCGCUGGUCGGGGUGGUGGUGGGCGCAGCGGCUGGUCUCGUGUUCGUCGUGUUUCUGAUAAUCCUGGCGUUGAAGCUGCGCAAGACCAGUCGGCGCAGGCCCCAGGACGACAAGGACUCGCAGCACGACGACGGGGGUAUGGCCACGCUGACGGCGCCGCACGACAAAACCGACAGCGUCGAGAGCUUCGAGAAGGACCCGGACAUCAUACCACACGCGACAGACAAUUCAUACGCCGAACUGUGCAAGGGAACGUCGCCGUGUUACAACACGCAGCCGCCACAGCAACCCUCCUGCCGAUUAGAGCCCGGCUCGCUCGGCUCGAUGAACAACCGAGGGGGCUGCCUCGAGCUGUACGAGACGAUAUCUCGUCAGGCGUCGAAGAUGCCGUACGACCUGACGCUGAGGAUGAACCGACGCGUGCCGCCGAACUGUUACCAGCCGGUGCCCAUGUCGAGCGUGCAACGGCCCCAAUUGCUGCCGAUGUCGACGUUACCUCGCCGGAUGCCGAGCUCAUCGAUGGCCACCGACUCGAGCCUCUACGCCCAGGUAGGCGGCAAACCGAUCUACAUACCACCGCCCCACCAGUACAUGAGCACCAACGGCGGUCGCUCGGCCGACGAGUCGACAGUCGAGACGCCUCUCAUCGGCUGCGAGCCCAAGAUCACCACGAUCACCGAGGCGGCCAACUCGUGGCGCGCCGAGGCGUCGGCUGGCAGCAACACGGGCACGACCACAUGA